AUGAGCAAAGCCACAGCCACAUGUGCACCUGUUGCUAAGGCUUAUGGCGCUUGCGUUGCUUCUUCCUACGAGGACAUUUCCAAAGGCGUCUGUUCAAGCGAAUUUGAAGCCUUCAAAAACUGCGUCACUAACGCCAUGGGUAGGAAGUGGUAA